AUGGCGGAAGAUGACGUGCUGAAACAGCCCUUUGAUCUGGCCGUCGAGGGAACCGGAUUGAUCUGCUCCAUUCUGGCAGCAGCCGCAUCGCGGGUGGGCAAGCGCGUCAUCCAUGCCGACAGCCGUACCAGCUAUGGCCGACAAUGGGCCUGCCCCAACCCAUCCGAACUGGGCCAGCUAGGCGCCGCGUAUGUUGCGACGAUGGCCCGUGACAGUCAGGCUGGCUCGCAUUUGCCCAAGGCAUUCACGAGGAGUUUGGUUAUUUGCGACCUGUCAGGGAUGGUGUAUUUGAUUUGGUGGUGCAUCGCCCGUGGUCUGGACCCGAAGCACAAGUGCGACGUGUCCAGCUCGAACUUGCUCCGCAACAACACGACUCGCUAUUUAGACUUUAAGCCACUAGCGCAACUCUUUCAGCACGAUGGAGAGAAGGCGACCGUUGUGCCCUACAGCAAGCCAACACUGAUGCGUGACCGACUUUUGUCCCCACGCGACAAGCGCGUGCUCGUGCGCUUUCUGCAAAAAGUGGUCUCCGAGGCAAGCGAGGCUGCGGCCCAGCCAGUUUCCACCGACCGCACCUUUGUGCAAUACUUGCAACAAGAUCAUGGUCUCUCGGAUAGCCUCUGCCACCUCGGCACAGUGUCUGAAUCCAGUGUCAUGCCUGGACUCAAAAUGUCUGACAAGCCCAAGCCGCCUCAUGCCCCUGUGCCAACACAGAUUGCGGCCGGUUUGGCAGCCAUGGCCCGCUUCAUGUCAUCCCUGGGCGUGUACACCGAGACGCCUCUGCUGCUCAACAUGUAUGGCAAUGCCGAAAUUGCCCAGGCGUUUUGUCGGCUGAGCGCAGUGUACGGCGGCAUCUACAUGCUGCAGGCCAAUGCGCCUGCCGAGCCUCAACGCAGUCACGCCGACGAGCACGAAGAUAGUGAUGUCUUGAUUGCACCAGAUUCCAUCUGCAGGCCUGCGUGGACCUGGCAAUUGGGCGAGUUUAAUGUUGGUUGUCACCGCGUGGUGCGCACGGCCCUGCCGCACAAAAUGCCGGGUCGGGUUGUGGCUCGACUGGUGGCCGUGACGCGUCACUGGCCCACCUGUCUCGACUCACAAGGGUGUGCUGACUUGGCGUUGCUGUCUCUCUUGUAUCCGGCGGAAGCUGCGACCCCCGCAGCUCCACCCGUGGAAGUUGACGCUGACUCGACAACAGCAUCCGCAGACCCUAUUGUAUUCUCAGCCACAUUUACGCAGAGCGUUGCUGGUGUCCUGGAUGACUGUUGCUACGAGGAGAAUGACGGCAUCGUUUACGUGGCAGAUCGCUGGGACGGCACUCCCAGUUUGGACGAUGCCGUUCAGCGAGCUCAGCGGCUAUUUGAAUUUCUGUUUCCGGGCGAAGAGUUUUUGCCGCCCAUCCCGGAUCCUGAAGAUGUUGUUUUUGAUGCUACUGAACGGGUGGUCAUCAAGCCUGCCACGACGGCGUUUGGAACCAUGUAUCUGCCCAUGGAGGCAUACUGCGUGGACCCUACUUCGCAAUCGCUGCAAGUAGACAAGGUUCUCCAAGACGACUUGCUGCAUAUGGUGGCCAACAAUACAGCACAACAUGCUGUGGCACAAGGCAGAGCUGAGGCGCAGGUUGUAUUGGCCGAAAGCCAGGCUUAA